AGUUUAUGGCCGAUUCAAUGAAGGAUUCAAUAUUGUAUCGCAACUCUGUAGUAUUGGCUUAUAUCUAAAGAUUUGAUUUGAACUAUCAACCUCUUCAUGGUACAAGGAUUAUUGAAUAGCUGAAUAUGAUUUGACACAAUCCUGGAUUAUCUGUGGAAGCUUCAAAGCCAAUCAUUUUGUAGAGGUUCUGAAACCUCAAUUUUAUAAAUAUGAAAAGUUUUGUGCAUAUUCAAAAUCUGCACACUUUUAGGAUGAAAUCUACCCCAAGAUUAAUACUGGAGGCCCUUUAACUGGGUGUUGAAAAAUGGAAAUAUACAAAAUAUGUAGUGCUAGUGGUCCAUCAGGAAAGGAUUGAGAAAAACUGAUCUUAAAUGAACACUGUGUACAUGUCCUAAAUUAGAUUUUGAUUUAAAUAACAAAAAUUAUGAAUUACAUAUAAAUGGAUUGUUGCUUUUUUAUUAUUAAUCUGGAGUCUCCAUUCUUUGUUCAUGUGACAUUUGCCUCUCUUGAAUUUAAUUUUAACUAUUUAAAAUGUUCAUUUUAGACCUGAUGGAAGUGAAAGAGGAAAGUCAAGAACUGACAUUGGAGGAGAAACAUCAGUAUGAGGAACCUCAAUUCAAAACUGAAGAUAAAAAUUAUAGUAGCUCAGAGACUGAAAAUUUCUCACAAAAAAGACGGCGAAGAACUGGAGCCGAAGUUUAUUUCACCUGGCUUCAAUGUCAAGAAAGUUUCACAUCUAAAGAACAACUUAUGGGUCACUUUAGAGUUCACUCUGGAGAGAAGCCAUUCCCAUGCAAUCAGUGUGGAAAGAGUUUUAGUCUUAAAACAAGCCUUGAGACUCACAUGAAAGUUCACUCUGGAAAGAAGCCUUACACAUGCAAUCAGUGUGGAAAGAGUUUCCUUUAUAAAGUAAGCCUAAAGUGUCACAUGAGUGUUCACACUGGAGACAAGCCUUUCUCAUGCGAUCAGUGUGGAAAGAGUUUCAUUCAUAAAGUAAGCCUAAAGUAUCACAUGAGCAUUCACUCUGGAGAGAAGCCUUUCACAUGCCUUCAAUGUGGAAAGCAUUUUGCACAUAAAGGAAACCUUAAGGUUCACACAAGAAUUCACACUGGAGAGAAGCCUUACACAUGCCCUCAGUAAGAAACUUCAUUUGUGCUUUGAGUGUGGGAAAGCCUUUACUAGAGUUACAUUCUUGAAAAAGCACAAGAAUUAAUAAAGGAAAAAACAUUAUAUGUGCUCAAAUGGUGGAAUGAGUUUUACAGUUUAACAAUUCCUCAAAGCACAUGAGAAUGUGCAUAAUGGGGAGAUGCCACACCUCUGCCCUUCAUGUGGAAAGAGUUUUGGACGAUAAAGCGUUCUUCUGUCUCCUAAAAAUCCAAAGUUGUCAGUGAGCAAAGUUGCUUGUGAAAUGCCAACAUUUGUGCAGGGAUGUUUUUUAUGUUUAGGUGUAGCAAUAGUAUUAAUUACAGUACUGUGCAAAGGUUUUAAGCACUUAAGAUGUUUCACUAAAACAUUUGUCUUAAGAUGGAUAUUUAUAUCUUCAGCUUUUUUGUGUCAAUAGGAAAAAUACAUUUUGGACUCCCAAACAUUACUUUUGCAAAUAGAAAAGAUUCGAAUAGAACAACAGGGAGCCCUGCAACAGAUGUCAUGGCCCCACUGAGCCCCCCACUGAACAUCAAUUCAGUUUGGGAUUACAUAAAGUAACGAAAGCAAUUGAGACAGCCUAAAUAGAUAGAAGAACUGUGGUGAAUUCGCCAAGAAGCUUGGUACAUCCUAUCUGCCAGCAGUGUCCAGGUGUACUCCUUGAACUGUUUACUUGUCUUAUAGCCCAUGGACACAUACCGUUUUUGUAAUGUGGCAAUUGUACAUCAUGUAAUUGUCAAAAAUAAAAAAAGA